UGUCAAAGAAACCGUGGAGCAAAAGGCACGGACACGCAGAUCCCCCCGCGUAACUCAUGUCACCGUGUCAGCGGUGCGUUAUCGAUCGAGGACGGUGAGGUAUCUCGUUUUCAUUCGCUUUUUUUUUUUGUCAUACCUCGCUCAUGCACGGAGCUGCGAACAAAAGACGCAAAAUCGAGACGCUUCCCCCCUCCUCUCUCCCAGACCCCCAUCCCCACCCUGCUGGGGACACUGUAAACCGUGCGCGGUGUUGGCACGGUAAUCCCACCCCUCUUCUUCCUCUUCCUCCUCCUCCUCCUCCUCACCCCGCACACACUGGCUCUCCGUUGAUUCAGAGAUCAGAGGCGAAUCGGUGUUGCUUUAAACCUCACGCGGUCAAAGUUGUUUACCUCUUCGUUACCUCUGACGUCACGACACACCCCUGUUUGAGGGGGCAGCGCCUCCGCCUAACGAGCACCGCCGCCGACCAAGCAGACCGGGGCUGGACCGCGACGUUACCAACCACAACACGGGAACCGCGACGAACCCACCUGUGAUUGGUUACCGUAGGGGCUGGGGGGAAAUCCCUCUUUCCCGUAGAGGUACUAGGGAGGGGGCGGUGCAUAACAAAAAGUAAUGGCCAUCUAUUUGGGUCCUGAAGAAGGAGGGAUAGCCUGUUUCUCGUCGGACUAACGUAGGUGUGUUUGACUUUUCUCCAUGUUAGCGCGUACGUGUAGCCGUUAGUGACACCGGGCCGCGUUCCGACCGUUUCACCGCCGUCGUAUGUCGGUUGCCCCGCGGUAGCAGAACGGUUAAUAAGCGGGCUGAACUUGGCGCCGCGUUUUAGGGUUAAAGCAGUCAGCUAGCCACGCUAACGCUAGCCUACUACCACCAACCAACCAACCGCCGCUGCUGCCGUGCAAGCCAGCGUCUGGAAGGGCGGACGAGUUUGACGUUUUCUCCCCCCAACAGAAGUCUCCUCACAUUUCUUGAGUUUUCUUGUCUCGGCGCGGUUGUCUCUCCUUCCGAGCUAAACCUACCCGAGUCAACAUGGAGGGGACACACUUUGCGAGAGCAUGAAGACGACGGCGACGGACGGCGACUAAAGAGGAUUAAAAGCAACUCGGUCUUGAUGGGGAAAAGUUGAGCUGAGGAUUAACAACUUGGGAUAAACUGAAGAAAGGUUUCAAGUCUUACCUAUUGUGCAAGGGCAUGCUAAAACCACAGUGAUGGAGCCUACAGUUGUGAGUACGUCCACUCUGGCCCCUGAUGAGUUUGACAGGAAUGUGCCACGGAUCUGCGGUGUGUGUGGUGAUAAAGCCACUGGCUUCCACUUCAACGCCAUGACCUGUGAGGGCUGCAAGGGCUUUUUCAGGCGCAGUAUGAAGCGCAAGGCCACCUUCACUUGUCCCUUUAAUGGCAGUUGCACCAUCACCAAGGACAACAGGCGCCACUGCCAGGCAUGCCGGCUCAAACGCUGUGUGGACAUUGGCAUGAUGAAAGAGUUCAUUCUGACAGACGAGGAAGUGCAGAGGAAGAAAGACCUUAUUCAGCGGCGGAAGGAUGAAGAGGCACAGCGCGAAGCAGAGAAGGAAGCACGGCGGCCCCGACUCACUGAUGAACAGAGUCAGGUCAUCGCCACACUGGUGGAGGCGCAUCACAAAACAUAUGACGACUCUUACUCCGAUUUCUGCCGGUUCAGGCCUCCUGUUCGUGAGGGCCCAGUGACACGAAGUGCCAGCAGAGCUGCCUCUCUCCACUCCCUGUCUGAUGCCUCCUCUGACUCCUUCAGUCACUCUCCAGAGUCAGUAGACACGAAAAUGAACUUCAACAAUCUGCUGAUGAUGUACCAGGAGCAGGGCAGCAGCCCCGACUCCAGUGAGGAGGAGGGCUCCAGCUUCUCCAUGCUGCCCCACCUGGCUGACCUGGUCUCCUAUAGUAUCCAGAAGGUCAUUGGCUUUGCUAAGAUGAUACCUGGGUUCAGAGAGUUGACUGCGGAGGACCAGAUUGCUCUGCUCAAGUCCAGUGCCAUUGAGGUGAUCAUGCUGCGCUCAAAUCAGAGCUUCAACCUGGAAGACAUGUCCUGGAGCUGUGGUGCGCCUGACUUUAAAUACCAGAUCAGUGAUGUCACCAAAGCGGGCCACACUCUGGAGCUGCUGGAGCCACUGGUAAAGUUCCAGGUGGGCCUGAAGAAGCUCAACCUGCACGAGGAGGAACAUGUGCUGCUCAUGGCCAUCUGUUUGCUUUCUCCAGACCGCCCAGGUGUGCAGGAUCACGCACGGAUCGAAGCCCUUCAAGACCGGCUGUCAGAGACCCUGCAGGCCUACAUCCAGCUUCACCACCCGGGAGGACGGCUGCUGUACGCCAAGAUGAUCCAGAAGCUGGCGGACCUGCGCAGCCUCAACGAGGAGCACUCCAAACAGUACCGCUCACUGUCCUUCCAGCCGGAGCACAGCAUGCAGCUCACCCCGCUGGUGUUGGAGGUGUUCGGCAGCGAAGUCUCCUAGAAGCCACCUCCGAACCCCAGCGGUGGAGAGGAAGCCGGAGAUGUGACCCCAGAGGCGAAAAAUGGAGGGAGGGAGCUGAGGAUGUGAUGAAUGAACUUAAUGCAGGUGUGCAGUAUGAAGCAAGUGAAGAGAGAAAGAAGUGUGUGUGUGUGUGUGUGCGCGCGUGUGCAUGUGUUUAUCUGUGUGUGGCUUCAUGUAUGUGUCACAUCUAAAGAAGUCUAUCUUGGUGUAAAGGCCAAGGUUGUAUGGGGAGCAAGCAGAUGUUAAGAGACACAGUAAACAAGGGAAAUUCAUAGAGUACAAACCGAACUAUACAUACAACUUCUGCCUAUAUACAGUGUUUUUGUCUGUAUUUAAAUCAACCAACAGCUGCUUCAAAUGCCUGGACAUUUUAUGUGUGUACAUGUUGUGCACACACCAACACAACAAACAUACUCAGUUAUUCAUUUAGCCAUUCAGUUGAGCUACCUCUUGGUUUUACUGGGGUUGUUUUAUAUUUACAUCACCUAUGUGAAACAGUAACUUUUACAAAGAACAGUUUAGAUACAGUACAGACUACAUUUCAGUUUACCGGUGCAAAAGCAGUGCCUGCACAUCAUUUUGAACUUUUGAUGAUUCAUGUAUUUUGUUUAUUUUGUUUUUAAUCUACUUCUCUCCAAGGCAGCGUUUGUAUAUGACUGUGUAUACAAUUGAAACACAUGCCUUUCACCUUUCACCAAAGGUAUGGUCAAGUACUUUCUCACAAAGCUUCCAGUACCUAAAAAUAACCUUGCUGCUCCAUGGCUCGCUUCACUCAUGCAGCCACUCGGCAAGUUUUCUGACUAGCCUCACAGCCUAUGAAGGAAAAUGUCAUUAUGUAGGUUUAUACUGCAGAGUACAGAGCAUAGUCUGUAAUUUAGUGAGGUUUUCAUAGGACUUUAGGGUGCCUGGUUUGAGGUGAGAAUUAGCCACUAAAUGUGUUAGCUACUUUUACACUGCUAACUGUCAAUCAAACCAAGCCAGCAUUGUGGCUUGUUACUCUCUUUUGAAAUAGUUUUUCAUUAGUCUUCUCUUUUGUUUAAUUGUUUAUUUUCCUGUAAAUAGUUAAAUUCUAUCACAUGUAUCCUAAGCACUGUUAUACCACCUUUUACUAAAGCCUAUGUAUUGAUAUACAGUAUCUAUAUUACCACAGAUUUUUAAAGGGCUAAAAUGCCAAAUCUAACUGGAAUAGUCAUUUGAGGCCAAAGCAAGGGGCCUGUCUUCUUGUUAAUAUAUAGCUGCAUACCAUACUUGGAAUUGGCAUAGAUAUGGAUAUAAUUGCAAUAGAUGCUCUUUGUUUUAUACGUCACUACACCUUUAAAACAAUUCCAUGAAUUGUUCCUCUUCAGUAUACGGUGAGCUCGGUGGGCGGAGAGCUUGGGAAGCUGCUUCAGACCUCCACAGAUAUCACACCCCUUUCGUUUCUGACUGGGAAGUAGAUUUUCUAGAAUGUCUGAGGGCCUGGAUGUGGGGUGGCAAUGCCGCACGCCUCCACACCCCGGCCCUCCUGUUUGAUGAUGUAUGCUGCGCAGCCCUCUAGUGGCUGCACCAUGUAAAUACCAGGUAUAUAGAUAUAAUAUGUCUGCCGCUGUACAUAGGGCUACAUAGAUUUUCAAGGUUACUUUGUUUUCAAAAAUAUAUAUAUGCAAAUACAAUUGACCCUUUUUUGUUUAUGAUCAAUUAUUACCAUGUUCUGAAACACUAUGCUCUUUGUCUUUAUUUUUAUUACUUUUUUUGGAUGGAAGGAGUUUUGAAUGGCUUAAACAGCGGUUGUUUGUGCUUUUGACACAGAUCUGUUUAGUGGAGGGUUGAUGUUAAUUUCCAAGGUUCAUUUUCAGAAAGAGGACACGCUAAUCAUACUGUGCUGCUCUCAAAUAUAAGCCAUAUAGAUCACCAAGCUAGUUAUACACCUGAUACAUUACAGUACAUCAAAAUGAUGACUCCAGGGCCUUGGACAGUCUCACAGUAUAGUCAACUAAAUGUAUAUAUGCUAUUAAUCUGUGGCUUUUGGAACGUGAGCUUGUAUGCCUUCUCUCUGCUGUCAGUCAUCUUUGGCUUAUGCUUCAUCAGACAGCAUCUAAUGGCUUAUAAACCAAACUGCCAAGAGACUUCAGACGCUUAUGUUUACAGGCCAGUAAUGUGUGGCUUGCUGCAUGUGGGAUUAUAGUAAAAUUAUGUCGUCUAUAUCGAGACAAUUCCCCAAAGAAAUGUUGAGUCCGUUUCCUGCCAAGUGCAAAUGAUUCCACUGGAGGCAACUUUGCUCAAAGGUGCUCAUUUGCUGAGAUGACAUGAACGUUGCUUUUUGUCUUCCUCUUGCUGUGCGACACGAGGCAUCUGAUAAAACGGUUCCCGUGAUUGGCCCUCCAGUCCUUCUAUGUCAGGCGAAGAGUUUCCUUCAUCUCAGUAGACCAGAGUUACUCGUUGAGGAAGAUGGUGAGAGAGAGCACGUUUGUUGUUGAGCUGAAAGUCUUCUCACUACUGCUUUGUGACAGGUUGUUGCUUUGAUUUGUUCAGCCCACAUGGAUUUUAUCAAACCUGUCACAGGAAUUGUACGUCCGUUCUACAUCACUGUGGCUUUAUUCCAACUCUUUGCAGUCACUGUGACAGUCGGGGCUUGAUGCUUAGAUAAUCUGCAUAGCACAAAUAGUUAAUAAUUUUUGAUAGCUCCCCUGUUCACAUAAUCAUAAUAAGUUUGAUUUUCUUCCUGAAAGUCAUUGGGAUUAUAUAGUGUGUGUGUGUGUAUAAAAAUAUAUAUAUAUAUAUAUAUAUAUAUAAUGCCCCGGGCCCCGCAAAUUACCCUGCUGUGAUUGAACUUUAAGGAGUCGAAGCUCGAGUGUCUUUAGGCAGUACCACUCGUAUGUAUAGUAUGUCAGUUUGAUGAGGGGUAUGAUGUGCUUGGUUACUGAACACUGACUUUUGAAGUUUUGAAAAGUCUCCAUGUUGAUUUUUUUCCCUCUGAAUACAUACUUCUGUAUGUAGAUAUGGGUUUGAUUUUGUUCUAUUUUUGAGAUCAAGGUGCAGUGUUGAAUUGUGUAUGUUAAACACAGCGGGACGUUUGGUGAAUAUGUAGGUGCCACAGGGAGAGUUCCCUCCACAGAAGAACAGGGUAAAAGAGGAGUUGCGCUCGAGGAUUUACAAACCCAACAGGAAAUCUCUCGAGGAUGUAUUAUAUCACCACUGAGGGAGUAAGUAGGUUUUGGUCAGUAGCACAUGGCAUCAGGGGACUACAUAUAUCUUUAUCAUAUCUGAUUAAAUGUUGAUUUCUGGAUACUUUAAAAAAAAAUCCCAGCAUACCGUAAGCAAAAUACAGUUAAACCUGAAUAUGGUGCAUCCCCGGAGAUUUCUGUUUGGUUUGUCCAUGGUAGUCUGCUCAGAAACUUAAGUUUUUAACUCUGCAUUGUGGUUGUUAAAAUACUGGAACUUGAAAACCAUGCGUCAGUGGAAGUCCGCCACAAAUUAGAUGACUCAUCUUGGUUGAGAUUUCCUUAAAAUUGGCAACAUAACACAGUAACAAUGCCUGCAAUAUACAACUCAUGGUACACUAUCACCAGCAAGCUUUACAGUUUAUCAUGUUAGGAGUAAUUUUUGAAGUUUUUCUAUAACUGUUGCCAUUACAAAUCCUGUCUGAUAACAGUCACAGAAAACUGUUGGCCAUCUCCCAUGCAAAGGAUUUCAACUCUUUUAUUUUUUCUUUCUUUCUUUUUUUGCUUCUCCCUUUAGGACAGGGAUUGUAAUGGAAUCAACUUAAUGUAGUUCUUACAAAAAGGAGUGUCCACAAUGGAUGUACACCAUAAUCUACCUAAAAAACCUACCUCUUUUAGCUCAGAUUUUUGCUUUAGCAUUAAGCAUUUGCCUCUGUUUUUACUUUUAUAAUAUUUGUAUUCAUGUUGGUAUUUAUUGCUGUCUAAUGAGUCAUACUUCAAUGAUUACCUCAGAGAUAUCUCACAGAUUUGGGAGAGUCCAGCUAAUGAAGUCAUUCAUAGUUUGUUUUUUGUUCUGGUUUUUUUUUUUGUACAGCUUUUUCUUCGCAGACUUAGCAAUAGUUUUUUUUUUUUUUUUUUUUUAACGCACAAAAUACCAGGAGUGUUUUCAAUCUAGUGCCUGCACUCUGACCAUCAGGGCUCUGGUUAAAAUGAGGCUGCAUUUGCUCCAAAUCUUUCUCUGCACCUUUUGCCUCUGUACUUAUAUUCAUGUAGUUUCCAGCAAAAGACUCGGCUAAUCUUGCUGCCAUAUUGCUGAUAUCAAUGGUAUCUUUAUAGUUUUUAGAAGGCAAACUGAAGAGGACUUUUCAGAGUGAAUGCAGCCUUAAAGCAGUAACAACCUGAAAGACUUUGUGGCAGUAGGAGAAGCGAGAGGUGUGUUUGUGCUCCACUUGGUACCGUCGGCAUGUCCUAUGCUCUGUAGUACGUCAUCCUUACUUUGUCCUUCUGAUUUGUCUUCUCAUUUCCUCCAUACCCUCUUCGUGUCUUCACCUCUCCUUCUGUCGUAAAGUCUGUUCCCGCACCUUCAUCAUUCCCUACCAGUCUUUGGUCAAACGAGGGGAAUUAGGAGGGGUGAAAUCCUCAGUAUCCAUGCAAUGCUGCUUUUAUCUUGAGCAUCACCAAGUUGUGUUGUGUAACGGACACGACAUAAGCAGGCAUCGUCCAAAGUGUCGGCCCACAGCAGCGCGACAAGCCUCAUCAGAAGAUUGUGUCUUUUGAAACGUACGCAACUUAGUGGUGCUUAUUGGGGGGAAAAAAUUCCAUUGAGACCUUGUAUCAUUAACGGAGCAACUACUCACUUUGGUGAAUUCAAACCAAGUUUUCUUUUUCUUUUUUUCUUAUUUUUGUAAUCAUGUCAAACUGCUUCAGGUAAACACUGAAUGAAAUUUGAGAGUUUUUAUUGAUCAGUGAAUACUGAGGAACAGUGUCGCCAUGGUCACAUGUACCCAGAGCUGUGUGCCAUAAUGUGACCCUUUUAAUGCAGGGGAGGGCGUCGGCAAAGCUGGCUUCAGAUGUUCCCCAGCCUAAUCUGAAUGAGAAGGUUGUCCGAGUGGGAGAUUGGCUUCUUACUCUGUCAGCCAUGAAUGUCGAUGUUUUCUAAGGAGUACUUUUGAAUUUGGCAUUGAAUUCUUACCUUGCAUUGUGAACCCAAAUUAUGUCACAUUCUAUUUAAAUGCCCGAACCAACGAACGCACUUAAUAUAAUGUUUGUAAAACAUGUAUACUGAUCAAGCUACUAGCCAUAAACUGCCUUUGUAGGUCAGCAUGAUAUGGCUCCAAUUAUCAAAAAAUUUAAGUAACCUAAAUUCUAAUGUAAUUGCAAUUUAUCUUUUGUCUCAUUUUGUUUUUCAAAGAUCUUUUUUUCUAUUAUAAAUUGGUGUUUAUGUAAUGUUAUUUUUGUCAGAUGUUUUGCAAAUCAAAAAUAAACAGUUGUACAUAGCA